AUGGAAUCUCUUCAAGGAGAUGAACAAUUCGACUACAUUGUGAUUGGUGCAGGGAUUGGAGGCUCAGUGGUCGCAUCUAGGCUCAGUGAGGAUCCCACUCAAAGUGUCCUUCUGAUCGAGGCCGGUCCUGACUGUGCGGACGACCCACGAGUCGAGAUCCCAGCCCUGGUGACAACCCUGUAUGGCGAUGCCAAGCUAGACUGGGGAUUCAUGAGUGAGCCUCAAGAGCACGUCAAUGGGCGACGAAUUCCACAACCGCGCGGUCGAAUGGUAGGCGGUUCAUCGGCUUUGAAUCUAUCUCUCAUCAUGUAUCCCUCUGACAAUGACUUCCAAAACUGGAAAGAUUUGGGGAAUGAAGCAUGGAGUCCAAAGAUCAUGGCUCCAUACCUGCGAAGAUUUCACAGAUAUAUUGCGCCUGAGCGAGAUGUCGUCGAACAACUGGGACUAGAUGAGUAUGUGAAUCCUAGCAAUCAAGGUUCCAGUGGGCCGUUGCCGGUUUCGUUCCCAUCUUCAUAUGGCAUCUUCAACCGCGCAUGGAACGAGACAUUUGCAAAGCUUGGCUGGCAAAAUUCAGAUGACCCUAUUCUGGGAACAAAAAUGGGCGGUUUCACCUGCCCUUUGUCCGUCGACCCUGAGACUUCAACUCGAGGGUCGGCAAAUGCAUAUCGCCCAAAGCGAUCGAAUCUUGUUUUGCUCGCCGAGACUCGGGUUGAAAGAAUUUUACUCACCUCGGAGUCUACGCCAGACGGAUUGAUCAACGCAACAGGCGUCCAGAUAAACUGCCAAGGCGAACCGAAAGUGAUCACUGCGAGGAAAGAGGUGAUUCUCAGCGCGGGCAGCUUACAGUCUCCCCAGUUGCUUGAGCUUUCUGGUGUUGGGAAUCCAGUAAUUCUGCGCAGACAUGGUAUCCCAGUAAUCCUUGAUCUCCCUGGAGUUGGUGAAAACCUGCAAGAUCAUUAUAUUUCAAUGAUCAGCUACAAGGUUUCCAAUGACCAAGUUUCAGGGGACAUCAUGAGGAAUGCGCGCGUUGCACAAGAUUCCAUGGAACUAUAUCAGAAAACAAAAACGGGUCCCAUGGUCGGAAUGCCUGUGAGUGUGGCGUAUCUUCCCCUUGUGGACCGCUGCAAACGCGCAUCCCUGGAAGAUCGCCGUCACAUUAUCAAUGAAUAUCGAAAUGCAACUACACCAGAUGAUAGCAUAUCUCGAGGUCUGGAAGCUCAGAAUGAGAUUCUUUCUCGUGUCCUCUGCGACGACGAAGAGGUUGCAGCUGAGUAUAUUUUCCUCCCGCUGCAACUGCACACAAACCCUGGCACCACGAGCAUGGCCGAGUUAUUUGAAAAGAAGGCGGACGGGAACUAUAUCAGCAUUUUAGCCAUGCUGUCACAUCCAUUCUCCAGGGGGGUCGUUCAUAUCAAAUCACCAAUGAUUGACGAUAAACCGAGUUUUGAUCCAGGAUACCUCAGCCAUCCGUUGGACUUGGAGAUACUGGCACGCCAGACGCAAUUCGUGGAGCAGAUUGUGCGGACGGAGCCGUUUCGAUCCCUCAUCCAGCCCGAUGUCCGCAUCCCGGAUAUAAGCACGAGUCCAGAUCUAUCAUCAGAUCUAGAGGUAGCCAAGGGUGUCGUCAAAGAUCGGCUGCUUUCUUGCUUUCACCCCGCGGGUACCUGUUCGAUGAUGCCUGCUGAAUUAGGUGGGGUGGUGGACGAUCACCUGAGAGUGCAUGGCACGACAAACCUCCGGGUUGUUGAUGCUAGUAUUUUUCCACUGGAGCCGACUGGUAAUAUUCAGGCAACUGUGUACGCAGUCGCUGAAAGAGCGGUGGAUUUGAUUCUGGGGAAAUGA